ACAGUGCAUAGCUGACUUCACUGGUGAACAGUCUGUGUUCUUUCGUAUGUACACGAUCUUUGCCGAAAACAGCCGAUCGAAGUGCCUGCUUGGGAGGGGGGAUUGCUGGCAUCUUGCUGGUAUCGUGAUCUUCCUUUUGACGUUUGCAUCAUUUUUUGACGAGGAACAGUCGUUGCCGCAAGUUCGGCGACGUAUUGUGAUGUGCUGAAAGGGAUAUGAAUGAAAACUCUAGUUCUUCAUUGUUGGGAAUAUUUGUCAUAAUGUUGUCUAUCAAGAAUCGUAUUAAUGUAUUUGCGAAAAUGAAAUUAGAAUAGGAAUUUUAGUUUAGAAAUUGAAGUACGGAACCGUAUGUUGUGUGGUUUUUAGUGGAACUUUAGAGAUGUACGUGUUGAAUACCAUGGGAAUUCCAUGCUGAAAAGUAGACCUAUUUCCAAAUAAUAGUGCUGAAAAUGCAUCUUACUUGGUGUUAUUUUACAUGCCAAUUAAAGCAUCUUCUCUUGCAAUUCUAAACUAUAAUUUUAAUAUGUAGGCAGCGCGUUUGUUAAAAUGACCACAGAUUUCCUUUCGAUGAAUAAACUUGGGUUUCCCUCGCGGUCAAGAAAUGAAGCGAGUUCGCAGUAUACACAUCAAGCAGGACAAGAGUUAUUGGAAGUGGAUGGAAAAGUCAAAACAAAACUGUUGUCAUUUUGGAAUAACAUGAAGUAUGGAUGGACUGUAAAAAUGAAAACAAACUUCUCCAAAGAUAGUGCUGUUUGGUUAUUAGGAAAAUGCUACCAUCGAAGAACUGAGGAAGAUGUAUCAGCAGGACAAGAUAUACAUACUAUUAGGGAAGAUGGUAUUGAGGGUUUCAAAAUUGACUUCAUAAGUCGAAUUUGGCUCACAUAUAGAAGAGAAUUCCCUAUCCUGAAUGGAUCAAACUUCACCACAGAUUGUGGUUGGGGAUGUAUGUUACGAAGUGGUCAAAUGCUAAUGGCACAAGCACUUGUGUGUCAUUUUCUAGGACGUGAUUGGAGAUGGAAUCCUCAUCAAGAUAUUAGAUCACAAAAACAGUUCAGGGAUGCAACUUAUCAUAGGAACAUUAUAAAAUGGUUUGGUGAUAGUCCCUCGCAUAACAGCCCUUUAUCGAUUCAUAUGUUAGUGAUGUUGGGAGAGGAUUGUGGGAAGAAAGCUGGUGACUGGUAUGGACCAAAUGCUGUUGCCCACAUGCUCCGGCGAGCUGUGGAGCAAGGAUCUCAGCAGACAGCAGAACUUUCAAAUUUGAAUGUGUAUGUUGCACAGGAUUGUGCAGUGUACCUUCAAGAUGUCAAAGAUGAGUGUGGAUGGGACAGACACAUUGAAAAGAAGCAUAAGUCAAAAUCUCUUGUAUUACUUAUUCCCCUGAGGUUGGGAAUAGAGAAGAUGAAUUCUGCAUAUUCACAUUGUCUAAUAGAAAUGCUUUCUUUGCCUUAUUGUGUGGGAAUUAUUGGAGGCAGACCGAAGCAUUCUCUGUACUUUGUAGGUUACCAAGAUGACAAGUUAAUUCACUUGGACCCACAUUAUUGCCAACCUGUGGUGGAUGUUUGGCAACAUGAUUUCCCAUUAUCUACAUUCCAUUGUCGAUCUCCACGGAAGAUGAAUGUUUCAAAACUUGAUCCAUCUUGUUGUCUGGGAUUUUACUGCAAAGAUUUAGUGGAAUUUAAUGACUUUAUUGAAAGUGUGCAACAGGGGCUGGUUCCUGCUGGUGAUCGUUCAGAAUAUCCCAUGUUUGUGUUUUGUGAAGGUCGGAGCCAUGAAGCUCUGGCAACCCAGAGAAUUUCCAUCCCAGAUGGGCCUCAACCAAAUCGCAGAGAGAUAGACUCUGAUGAUGAUCUGGAAAGUGAAGAAUUUGAAAUUGUGUGAUAACAUGGAUAGUUAUAGCCAAUGAGUGUGUUCUGUUAUAGUCAAGUAAUUAUUUUUGUGUUGUAUUAUUGUAGAAUAACUACAAUUUUUGUUAAAAUACAAGGUGUAUUUGUGUCUUGAUUAAAUUCCAAAUGACCUCAUUUAAUUGUACUAAUUAAUUUGAUUUGGAUACUAUCUAAUUGAAAGUGUGUUUCUUGUGAAGUGUUUUAAAAGCAUGGAAGGCAUCUUUCUAAUGGUAGUUGAAACGAUGGGAUUUAUUUACCCAAUUUCACUAAAAGAUUCAAAAACAUACUUUUCAGUGGGAAUGUUUUUAUAAUUUAUUGUUUUGUUCAUAUUAACUAUUGAUUUCUAGUUAAAUAGUUCAAGUACUUAGAAAAAUAAUAUAAUUUUGAUGUUGAUAUAUUUAUAGCAAAUGAUUAGGUCGUACAAAAAACCUUCAAUUAUGCAAGAAAAAAUAUUAGAAACAAAUUUUCACGAAUAAGAAAAAAUGCAAAAAUUGCCCAAAAGCUUCCAGGAAAUAAUCAUGUCAUAUCGGCAGUAUAUUGGAAAUAUUUUAAAUGCAAAAGCAAUCCAGAAAGAUACUGAUUGGUCAUUGCAUUGUCUUCAUUUUACAGCCUGAAACAUCUUAAUCAAGUACCUCUGAUAAUAAUUGUGACAUAAUCCAGAGUAAAUAAACUAUUUCAAAACCUAACAAGUGCCCAUGACUUUUAAACACAAUUGUAUAAUACAAAACCACUGUUCACUUUUCCAUACAAUGAAACCUGUCUUAAGUAAUCACUUAGAGAAAGCCAGAGUCUAUAGAGAAUUUGAUUGGAAGAGCCAUUGGCGUAGGUGGCUGGUUAAUGGGGAAUAUGGGAAACAAACAUCUAGUCUUAAGUUUGACACCUUUUAAAUUACACUUAAAAUUCAAAAUACUGGAGGCUUUUUUUGCACAAGUGCUCUUAAAGAACUAAUUUACAAAAUCUUUCUAUUCCCAACAUUUGGACCAAUUUCUUUUUCAUGACGUAGGUUGUUUCUUCUCAUUUGUGGACUUGCUACAAUUUAAAUCCAAAGGAAACUUCAGAGCUUGCAAAAAAAUUAUUUUUACUUAUGUCAAACUGGAAUUAACACCUGUAAAAUAUGCAACUCUUGCUAUCAGUAUUCUAAGUUAUCUGACAUUGUGUCCCAAAUUAAGAUGAUGCUGAAUCAAUGGUAAUCUUCAUCAGAAUUUCUAUAGUGUUACGGAUCAAAAUUGCAAAUUUGUAAGGAAGAUGUGACAGACUAAUUCGGGGUAAUCCAUAAAAUGUUCAUGACCGUGAAGCCAAGAGACUGCUUAAAAGAAAAUGUGAUUACAUCUUAUGGUGAAAAAUCAAUUAGCCAAUAUUUAUGGAAGUGGCUGUUUCAGUUGGUUUCGCUGCACUUGUUUGGAUAUUAUAAUCAUUGUUUGGGAAAAGGCAAUCACAACUUCAAAAAUGUAAUUUUUGCUGUAUAAUUGACUUAUUUAAAAAAGGCAAGUUUCUUUGAUGACCAAACUAUUGCACACUGGAAUUGACUCUCCUGAUAAAUGACUUUGUUUUGUGAUAAGUCUUCUUGUCAGUUGACAAAUAAAAGUCGAGUAGACUCUCUUUUUUCUUCUGGAAUGUUAUCAGUAAACAAUCAGUGAAUUUUAAUAGGAAUUAUAGUAACUGGGGAAAAUGUCUGCAAUAAUGAAUGCAAAGAAAUGUAUAAAGUUAAAUGCCAAGCUACUUGCAGCAUAUUUUCAGAAGCCUUCUUUUGUUUUUUAGUAUGAAGUUCAGUACACUUUCAUUUGCAUUUAAAUCACAACCACCUUGACAUAACCCCCCUCCCCUUCCUAAACCCUCCUAAAAAGAUCUGAUUAGAAAAAACUCAAUCUUCAAAUGACAUGAAUAUGUAAAGGAUAUUUUAACUUUUGACAAACUUCAAAUUUACUUUACAUUAAAUAAGUUUAGCUAUCUCAUAAAAUGGAAAUUAUUAAUUUUUCACAAACAUUCAGUUUGUGUAUUAUAAUGGUGCUGUAUGAUAUUAACAUUUGGUAAAACAUGUUACAAAAUAAAUUAUUGAAAGUAAGUAUCCUUGUAGUGUGAUGGUAAAUGAUGAUUAUGAUUAAUUGAUGGUUGUGGAAAAAGCGAGAUUCAUUCAUUAGUGCUGUUAUUUUUUAUCAAGGAAAAUGCAUCUUAAUAUGAACGGUAUAGUGUUUUUCCCUUUUAAUUUAUGAAUGUAAUCAUAAUUUGAAUUUAUCAUGUAGAUGUAAUAAACUUGUGGAUACAAAUAUACAUUUAAUUUCUUUUUAAACACAGUCUGAAAUACUUUCAUUACAAUGAGAUUGCAACCCAAUUCCAGAAGGACAGUCUAGAUCCACUGCUUUUUUAAAUGAAUGAAAAAAGGUCAAUUGAAAUAAGGAGCCUCACAAUUUUACUGUAAUUUGUUUGAAAUACCUUGUUUCUAAAAUAUUUUCCCUGUUUAUAAGAAAGUUUUACCUUUGUGUAAAGCUCCUUUAUUUCUUAGGCAUAUGUGAACAUACAUGUUUCAUUAACACAGCAAAACAUCUAUUAAGCAACUACUGUUCGUUCCAUGCAAACAGUGAACUUUUGGAGGGGUGGUUGCUUAGAAGGGGAAAUCUUUAUUACAAAAAAUAGUCUAUUAUCACUUGACAUUGGAUUAUUAGGGGAGUACCCACAAAGAAAAAGAAUAUUCACAUUUUGUACAAUUUUUGAGAAAUAUCUGAGAUCAUUGAAGACUUUAUGCCUUCAAAUGCAUUAUACACACCUCUAAUGUAAAGAUUAAAAUAUAUAAAUUGUAAUUAAAAAUAUUUCUGCCAAAAAAUGUUGUAUAUUGUGCUUGGUCCUUACAAAAAACUGGGAGCCAUAUUUGAGGAAAUCUUGUAUAGGUACUUUUGAGAAAUAAUAAUAAUAAAUAAUAAUAAUUCUAAUAAAUAAUAAUAUUUGUCACAUAAAUACAGCAUAUGCC